ACCAUACAGAAUACAAUGUCUAAAUCAGUCAACGUUGCUAUUAUCGGAUCAGGUGUUGUUGGAUCAGCAUUCAUCAAUCAAUUGAAUAAUUUGAAAACUGCCAUCAAGUACAAUGUUAUCUACUUGGCAUUGAAUACCUCCCAAGCACUUUUCUCCAAGGAUUACAAACCAGUUGAUUUGUCUACUUAUACAACAACUGAAACUCAACAACCAUUAAGUUUGGAUGAUUUAGUUUCUUACUUGAAAGAUUCUGGCAAACCUACAAUCUUUGUUGAUAACACUUCCAGUGAAGCUAUCGCCAAUUUUUAUCCAACUUUUAUUAAGCUGGGCAUUUCCAUUGCUACUCCAAACAAGAAAGCUUUCUCUUCGAGCCUUAAGAUCUGGAAUGAUAUCUUUGAAAGCAGUAAGGUUGAAGGCGCUGGUUUAGUAUACCACGAAUCAACUGUUGGUGCUGGUUUACCAAUUAUCCUUCCAUUAAAAGACUUGGUUACUACUGGUGAUAAAGUUGUUAAAAUUGAAGGUAUUUUCUCUGGUACUUUAUCUUAUAUCUUCAACGAAUUCUCCACCACCGAGCCUUCGAAUGUUAAGUUUUCUGAUGUUGUUAAGGUUGCUAAACAAUUAGGAUACACCGAACCUGAUCCAAGAGAUGAUUUGAACGGUUUAGAUGUUGCCCGAAAAGUCACAAUCUUGGCCAGAAUUUCUGGUUUAGAAGUUGAAAGCCCAACUUCAUUCCCAGUCCAAUCUUUAAUUCCAAAGGAAUUAGAAGGCGUUCAAAGUGUUGCUGAAUUCAUGGAAAAGUUACCAAACUACGACAACGAUAUCCAAAAAGUUAAGGAUGAAGCUUUUGCUGAAAACAAGGUUUUAAGAUUUGUUGGUCAAGUUGAUUUGGAAACUAACAAGGUUUCUGUUGGUAUUGGUAAAUAUGGAUUUGAUCAUCCAUUCGCUUCAUUAAAGGGAAGUGACAAUGUUGUUUCUAUCAAGACCGAGAGAUAUCCAAACCCAUUGAUUAUCCAAGGUGCUGGUGCCGGCUCUGAAGUCACUGCUCACGGGGUUUUAGCUGAUACUAUCAAGAUUGCUGAAAGAAUCGCUAAGUAAGUAUAGACCUUUUUGUAUUUUCUAUAUACAUAUUUAUAAAGUUUACUCUAUGAGAUUGGAGAAAGAUAUUGCUCUUUCCAAGUUUCCUUGGCUUCCCUAAAUAUUUCUCGUAAGAACUCUUUAUUCUGACAUGCUGCUCUAAAUUUUAACAUAACCUUUUGUGAAUCUAAGGUGUUAAUCUUAGAAGGGUUGGCAUUAUCAUAGUCCCCCUUUGAAGGCAUUGAUGAAUUAAUUCUAGUUAAAUGGAUAUUGUUAGGUGCUAAGAAAAACCCACCACUACUUCUUAAUUCAAUAAUAUAUGCUCCUGUUUUGUGUAUGAAUUGUGCAUACUUGAAAGUAGGUUUACCCCAACUAUAAGUAAUAUCAACAUUUUCAUUCAGAAAGAAUGAAGUUGACCGGUUAUCCAAUAAAAACUCCAAUUUCUUUAAGAAAUACAAAUGGAAAUAAUACCUAUUUGAUGAUAAGAUAGUAUCAUCUACAAACUCUGGAUCUAACCAAGGAUCAAGCAGUAAUAUCAUUUCAACGAAUGAAUGAAAUGGACUGAUUGUAGGCACAGCACAUAACUCUUUCCAAGGGGUUUCAAUUAAUUUCAACCCAUGUCUCUCGCACAAUCUAGACCAGGCUGUAAUUGUAUCUUCAAUGAAUUUUGUAGUUGUAUUCAACCAUUGCAAACGAAUAUGAUAACAAUGUUCAGGGUUAUGUACACGAUCAUAAUGAACAGUUACCAAUUCCGGACGGUAGGAUUUCUUCAAUGGAUCAACAUCAAAUUUGAUUGACUUACUGAGAAUGAAUUUUCUUCUUCUUCUACUUCCAGAAUCAGUCAUAGAUGAUGAUUCCGAUUCUACAUUCCUUGAAGAGAUCUUUGUGAGUUUUUGCAAAUCAUCAACCCCUGGAAGUUUAGGUAAAUCAUUAUCAGAUUUCUUGGGAGUAAGCUGCCCGUCACGUUUUGUACCAAACCAUGUUCUUGCAGUCUUUUCAAAAUAUUCAUCCGCAAACCGAUAGAAAUAAUAUCCAUCCAAUAGACCAUGCCUCAGUUCCACGUGUUUGAAUAGCCCCCUAGUCAUUAAACUUUGUCCGUAACUAGUAGCUUCUUCACGGCUGUCAAUAUCUUCAAAACAUUCCAAAAGCCAUGUUACC